AUGAAGCUCUCAUUCCCUCUUGUAGCCAUUGGACUGGAAGUUUCCAUGAUUGUUUUAUUUGGAUUCUUUGUCAAGUAUGAAACAGAGCAGAAUGUCCAGCAGCAGUACAGCACCAACGCGACAAAAGUGGACAAAUUCCUUGAGUUGCAUCCUCUAUUCCAAGAUGUGCAUGUAAUGAUACUUGUUGGGUUUGGCUUCCUCAUGACCUUCCUGAAAAAAUAUGGCUUUAGUAGUGUGGGCAUCAAUCUACUCAUUGCUGCUUUGGGCCUCCAAUGGGGCACUUUUAUUCAGGGGAUCUUGCACAACAAAGGACAGACAAUUUACAUUGGAAUCAAAAACAUAAUAAAUGCAGACUUCAGUACAGCCACAGUCCUAAUUUCUUUUGGAGCUGUCCUGGGAAAAAUAAGCCCAGUCCAAAUGCUGAUCAUGACAAUACUAGAAAUCGCUGUCUUUGCUGGCAAUGAAUAUGUGGUUGGUGAGAUAUUUCAGGCUUCUGACAUUGGAGCAUCAAUGACGAUCCAUGCUUUUGGGGCCUACUUUGGCUUGGCGGUAGCAGGUGUCCUAUAUCAGUCAGGCUUGAGAAGGCAGAAUGAGAAGGAGGAGUCUGUGUACCACUCAGAUUUGUUUGCAAUGAUUGGGACUCUUUUCCUUUGGAUCUUUUGGCCCAGUUUUAAUUCAGCCAUCGCUGAAACUACAGAGCAACAGUACCUGGCCAUCGUAAAUACCUACUUCUCUCUUGUUGCCUGCGUGCUCACAGCCUAUGCAUUUUCCAGCCUCGUGGGGAAGAGAGGCAAGCUCGAUAUGGUUCACAUUCAGAAUGCAACCCUGGCUGGAGGAGUUGCUGUGGGCACUUGUGCAGACAUGAAGAUUCACCCAUAUGGUGCUAUGAUCAUUGGGAGCAUUGCAGGAACUGUCUCCGUGCUUGGUUUCAAGUUUCUGACUCCAUGUCUUACUGAUAAACUGCGGAUCCAUGACACAUGCGGUGUUCAUAACCUGCAUGGCUUACCUGGUGUGAUAGGAGGCCUCGCAAGCAUUGUGGCAAUAGUCCUGGGAGCAUCUAAGGCGACUACCAUGUUGAUGCAGGCAGCUGCUCUAGGAUCUUCCCUUGGAACGGCAAUUGUUGGAGGGCUGAUCACAGGUUUAAUUCUCAGGUUCAUUGUCUGUGUCCAGCCAUCUACGGAAUUCUUCUUUGAUGAUUCUGCAUAUUGGGAGGUCCCCAAGAGGGAAGAAGGUGACAAUGAAUGAACAUGAUGGCCA